CCUCAACAAGAAGACUUAUCAGAUUCACCAUCAGAAUCCCAAGAUUCUUCUCUCUAUGGCAACACCGACGAUCACGAUCGUCAAUCAGAUGCUCAGUCUGCUGGCGGCGGCGGUGAUGGUGGUCCUACCUCCUGCGAUCCGUCUCUGUCGCGAAAUUUAUCCUCCAGUAAACUCAACGCUAAAGCACCUGAGUUCGUACCUCGAAGCUCGUCGUCCUCACCAUCAACAUCAUCCUCAGCAGUGGCUCGGACCGAUCUGACUCAGUCGAGACUCGUGCUCCCUCAACCUCCACCGCCCGGAUUGGUCCAUGUUUACGCAGCUCCCAAUUCUUCUUUCAGUGUUCCAAUUGCAAGUCACGUGCCCGUGUCUGUGCCUGUUCAGAACCAUCAUCGUCCUUAUGCACAACAUGUGCCGGUUCAGUACCAUCAUCAUCCUCAUCACCAUCACCACCGGCAGUAUUAUGCUGGUGGUGUAGGGGGUUUUGUUGAUCACCAAGAGGUUGCUGUUCAAGCCACGCAACAACAUGCUCCUAUGGUUGACUCAGAUCACGUUGCCUCAUUGAAAAAUGGGCUUUCCGAGGAAGCAACUCUGAAAAUUCUCAAUCAGGCAAGGCCUUCGUUUUAUUUUGUUUAUUUCUUGUGUCAAAUUCUAUUUGCUUAG